AUGGGUAAAGAAAUGAACAAUCUUAUCGAGAACAUUCAGAACAGUGAAACAGAGGAAACAAUACAGGAACUCACGAAUCAAAUACAUAGAAGACAGACAUACAUAAUAACAGAAUGUACAAAAACCCACAACAAAAAACUAGAAACACUGACUAGGAGAACAAACAUACAAGGAGACACAAAAUAUUUGACAGACGAUACAAUAGAGAACAUCACACAAACAACACUCCCCCCAUAUGUAAUUGAUACUCUCAAAUUGGGAGCAAAAUUUGCCAUAGAAGACAAUAACAUCGGAAAAGUCCCAACACACCAAAUAUUGGCACAUAUUGAAGGAGGAAUCACAAAAUUACCAACAGACGAACAGAAUGACAUACGAAUGAAAGUAUCACAAACACUGAGUUCACAUAUAAAAAACAUAAAGGGACAAAAACAGAGACACAACAAACAUUUGACUAACUUUACCAAAACAAAAAAAUUUUUCAAAGAACACAACGAAUUACUAAUUACAAGAGCAGACAAAGGAAACAAGACGGUAAUCAUGACAAACACGGAAUACGAGAAAAAAAUGAGCAUUUUAUUGAAAGAUAAUACUACAUACAUAAAAACUAAACGAGACAUGACGCUAACAUUAGAAAAAGAAAACAACAAAAUAAUAAAGAAUUGGAAAGAGAAAGGAUACAUAUCAGAAAUUGAUUACAAAACAUUGAUCAUACACAACAGCAAAACACCAAAAAUAUACGGAUUACCUAAAAUCCACAAAGAAGGAAAUCCUUUACGUCCAAUAGUGUCUUGUGUCCAAUCACCUUUAUACCAUCUAUCAAAAUACCUAGCGGAAAUACUAACACGUACAACCAGUAACAAUGAAUACUACAUAAAAAACUCAAUAGAGCUAAAAGAACAAUUAAAUAAAUUAAAAAUAAACAAAAAUGAUAAAUUAUAUUCACUUGAUGUAGUAUCUCUAUACACAAAUAUCCCUAUUGAGCUAGUGAAAGAAACAAUAAAAGAAAGAUGGCACCAACUAACAUCACACACAGAAAUACCUGAAAAUGAAUUCACAGAAACAACUCAACUUAUAAUCAAUAACAGCUAUUUUCAAUAUAGAGAUGAAUUCUACAAACAAAUUAAGGGAGUAGCCAUGGGAACCCCAAUAUCAAGUGUGAUUGCCCAAAGUGUAAUGGAACACAUAGAACAAAAAAUCAUGGAAAAGUACAACAACAAAGCCUUUUUCAGGAGAUAUGUUGAUGAUUGUCUCUUAAUAACUACACCAACAAUAAUGAAACACAUUUUACGAGACUUCAACAGUGCUCAUACACUAUUACAAUUUACGAUCGAACAGGAAAAAGACAAAACAUUAGACUUCUUAGACAUGACACUCAUCAACAAAGACAACAAAAUACUAACAAAAUGGAAAAAUAAAAAACAAAACUCCGACCGCAUCUUGGACUAUAAUUCCAACCAUCACACCGGACAAAUACGAGGCACAAUAAUUGGAUACAUUGACAGAGCCCUAAAACUUACAUCACCGGAAUUGAGACCAAAAAUUAUAAAAGAAUUGAAAGACCGACUUAUUAAGAACAACUACCCUACAAAGAUGACUACACCACUAAUAAACCAAAGAAUACAUAGACUGUACAACACGAUAAUAACUGAGGAAAAGAAAGAACAAAAAACACGAAUACCAAUUCCCUACACAAAAAACUUAUCACAUAAAAUAACGAAGAUAUUAAAACCCCACAACAUCGAAUUAUAUUCCGUGCAAAAACUGUGA